UAUUUGUUUUUAGCGUAUAAAUGUCUGAUGUUAUAGAUAGUCUACCAGCCACGCUGAACUGCGCUGGGUUGGUGUAUCUUGCGUUAUAAUCGUCGGGUAAUCGGGUUAAUUUCUUGGAAUGUUGUUAUUGUUGUUUUGUGCGUACUUGCCGACUUGCCGGGCGUCAUUAAUGAAGUUGUGCUGCUGGGCUAUGCUGCUAUGAAGUUGAAGUUGCUAAGUCAUGGUGAUGUAGAAAUCGCGCCGCGCGCAUAUAAUGCAUCUACUGUGAUGUGAAUGCCCCACGUCAAUGCGAAACGCGCAGCGUUCAGGCGCACACAGCACAGGAGACAGCUUCAAACGAGGUAUUGUGCAUCUGAAUGUGUCUAAAGUGUAUCCGAAAAAAGUCUCUCGUUUUAUUCAAUAAGUGCGAUGUCAUUUAAAAGUGAAGUGGCAAGUUUUUGUUUGUGUGCCGACAUAAGAUCUACGCGGUUGCGUCAUCAAAGGACAACUGCGUCGGCAGUUUGACAGACUGAUUUCCAUACUGACAGUCAGGGAGCUGAAUGUGUCCGCGAAAAGAACACUAGUUGGAAACUACUAUUUUGGAAUAAAUCCCUGUAGCCUAAAAUAUAAUAUAGCAGGGGAGACAAACAGAAGCCACCAGAUCAUCCCUGAUGUCAUCUUUCUUGGACAUAAUGGAUUUAGAGGACAACAAGUGAAGAAUGGCCAACCAAUGCUUCAUUCCUGAACCCCAGAACUGGAAGCCCAACACCAAAGGACGAAAUUGGAAUCUCAUGGACUAAAUCAGGAAUAUCUGCUCUAAAGAUGGAAUCUCUGGAAUAAACUAGAACUCCAUGGACUAAAUAGGAAUAGUUCUUAAACCAGGAAUAUCAGGACCAAAAUCUGAAAUAUCAGACUAAUUUAGGCAUUUCUGGACUAAAAUUGGAAUCUCUGGACUGAAUAUGUAAUUGUGGACUGAACUAGAAGUCUUUGGAUGAAAUCAGUAAUCUCAGCAACAUGACUGUUUUUUUCCUGUGAUAUCUGACUGACUAGCGUUGAUGAUAUGUGUGUGUUGUAACAGCCUAGUCACUAGAUAGCUAUGCUAGAGAGGUGAAAAUAUUAUCAACACAUUGACUCUGGAGGAAAUACUGCCAACAGUGAUGGAUGGAAGUUCUAAUCAUCAAAUCGGACAAAUGGAGGGGUACGUGGCUGUUACUUGUGUAGGACUUUGAUUUGUAAUAACAGAUACUGCGUGGAAAACCCCACUCCUCCUGAACGUUUCGUAAUAUCGAUAAGUAUCACGCGUUGAGUGACUAUGCACUAUGCACUGUGUUACAAUCAUUCAAGGAUUAAGGAUUAAUCGGGUGCAAAAGUCGACUUGGGGGAUUCAGGGAAAAUCAAUACUUAGUCCAUUGAUUUGGUUAAUCAGUCCCUAAGACAGACAAACUCCCACAACCUCCAGCCCCCCAUCGGUCAGGAUGCUGUGCCCCAGGAAGAAGCGCCUCACCAGGGAUGCAGAUUUCUCUGCCAUCGCGGUGCCGUCGAUGCGGGGGUCUGGGUACCUGGACUACACCAUAGAGACCCACCCAUCCAGAGCCCUGCAGGCCAUGGAGGACUUCAGAAGGCACGAGAUGCUGUGUGACAUCACCCUACACGUCACCUAUAAGGACACGACCGUCGACUUCAAGGUGCAUAAAGUGGUGCUGGCAUCCUGCAGCCCAUACUUCAAAGCCAUGUUCACCAGCAGCUUUAAGGAAUGCCACGCCUCCGAGGUGACGCUACGUGAUGUCUGCCCCCAGGUGGUAGGGAGGCUCAUUGACUUCGCCUACACCUCACGCAUCACCGUGGGGGAGAAGUGUGUGCUGCACCUCCUACUGGCCGCCAUGAGGUACCAGAUAGAAGACGUGGCUAAGGCUUGCUGUGACUACCUCACUAAAAACUUGGAGCCAGCCAACGUGAUCGGCAUCGCUCGCUUCGCUGAGGAGAUUGGCUGCACCGAGCUGCACCUGAGGAGCCGCGAGUACAUCAACACACACUUCAAUGAGGUAACCAAAGAGGAGGAGUUCUUCAGUCUGUCUCACUGUCAGCUGUUGGAGCUCAUCAGCCAAGACAGCCUCAAGGUGCUCUGUGAGUCAGAGGUGUACAAGGCUUGUACAGACUGGGUGCGAUGGGACGUGGAGAGCAGAGCUCCUUAUCUCCACGCCCUCCUCAAUGCUCUCCACGUCUACGCUCUGCCUCCCAAGUUCAUCAAGAUACAGCUCCAGUCCUGCCCCAUCCUCAGCAAGGCCAACUCCUGUAGAGACUUCCUGUCUAAGAUAUUCCAGGAAAUGGCGUUGAGGAAGCCCCUCCCCCCUGCGCCUCAGCGUGGAACACAGCUUAUCUACGUAGCUGGAGGGUAUCGGCAGCACUCUCUGUCUUCUUUGGAGGCCUAUGACCCUGGUAGGAACAUCUGGCUGAAGCUAGCUGACAUGGGCUCUCCCUGCAGUGGUCUGGGCUCCUGUGUGCUGUUUGGCCUGCUCUACACGGUGGGAGGCAGGAACCUGUCCCUACAGAACAACACUGAGUCCAGUUCCCUGUGCUGCUACAACCCCAUGACCAAUCAGUGGAGCCAGCACGCCUCCCUCAACACCCCCAGGAACAGGGUGGGGGUGGCCGUGGUGGACGGGAGCAUUUACGCCGUGGGGGGGUCCCAGGGGUCUACGCAUCAUAACACCGUGGAGAGGUAUGACCCAGAGGCGAACCGCUGGGUGUUUGUGAGCCCCAUGUCAGUAGCCCGUCUGGGGGCGGGGGUAGCAGGUUGCGGGGGGUCUCUGUACGUGGUGGGGGGGUUCGACGGCCAGAACCGCUGGAACACAGCAGAGAGGUUCCACCCCGAUUCCAACACCUGGCACCAACUGGCCCCCAUGACCACUGUACGCAGUGGACUGGGUGUGGUGUGUGUGGACUCGUACCUGUAUGCAGUAGGAGGGUAUGACGGUCAUACCCAGCUCAGCUCCAUGGAGAGGUACAGUGUAACCAGAGAUGUGUGGGAGCCAGUGGCCUCCAUGCAGCACUGCCGCAGCGCUCACGGGGUCACCAUCUACCAGGGACGCAUCUUCAUACUGGGUGGUUUUAACUCCACAGGGUUUCUGUCCAGUGUUGAGAGUUACUGCCCUGACACCAACCAGUGGACGUCCAUCACCAACAUGUUGCUAGGACGCAGCGGAAUGGCCGUCGCAGUAACAAUGGAGCCCUGCCCCGGCAACCUGCCCGAGGAGGAAGAAGAAGAGGAAGUGACAUAGAGUUAGAGCGAGGAGACAUGACUCAUCAUAACUCUUUUUUUUAUAUCUGACUCAACAUGGCGGCAGAGCAGGACUUGUUGCAAUAGAAUUAGAAUGAGUAGAAAGGACAAAGCUCUUAGAUCACUUUUAUCCAAAGCCACAAAGUUUGCAUUAAUCAGGAAUGUCUGUUCUGAUCAUUCUAAUUCUAUGUGGAGUCAGUAGGAAGUGGACCAGGGGGAGGAAGUGACCUCACAAUGACUUCAAAAUUACCUCACCAUUAUUAGGGUGCUACAGACAUAGAGUUAGGAAUUAGAAUACUAGAAUGGACAUGAACCUUCGUAUGAUGCCAUUAUAAGACACAUUGCCUGAAUCACUAAAUGGGCUGUCACUCCCAAACAGAAGACAAUUGCAUUGGUAACAAUUUAUCUUUAAUUGCAUUAACUUAAAUUUAAGGAACACCUAACUUUACAAGACUCAUAUUACUUAUUUCGACAACAGCAGCCAUUACACAUUCCAAGGGUACAUCGUGAGGUUAGAGUAAGAUCUUUCAGCUACAAAGACCCAACUGACUGGAAUCACAGUGAAUUUAAGAGCUAUUUUUCAAAUGUUAAGAACAAACUGUUUGUGUUUUUAACUAGCUAAUAGAAAUAUCACCAUGUGAAGAUAUUUGUCUGUAAACUCAUCAAAAAAAGAAACGUCCCUUUUUCAGGACCCUAUCUUUCAAAGAUAAUCCGUAAAAAUCCAAAUAACUUCACAGAUCUUCAUUGUAAAGGGUUUAAACACUGUUUCCCAUGCUUGUUCAAUGAACCAUAAACAAUUAAUGAACAUGCACCUGUGGAACGGUCGUUAAAACACUAACGGCUUACAGACGGUUAGCAAUUAAGGUCACAUUUAUGAAAACUUAGGACACUAAAGAGGCCUUUCUACUGACUCUGAAAAACACCAAAAGAAAGAUUGCCAGGGUCCCUGCUCAUCUGCAUGAACGUGCCUUAGGCAUGCUGCAAGGAGACAUGAGGACUGCAGAUGUGGCCAGGGCAAUAAAUUGCAAUGUCUGGACUGUGAGACGCCUAAGACGGUGCUACAGGCAGACAGGACGGACAGCUGAUCGUCCUCG